AUGCAGAUAUUCACUAUUGUUGCGACUGCGCUUCUGCCUUUAUUGGCAGUCGCAGAGACCUCUACGACGACAUCAACUAUGACGAUGACCAAGUACAUCACCAUCCAGAAGGUCGCUACUUCCAGCGUUUUCAGCGUAAACUCGACAACUGUAUUUCCCACCGGCACUAUCUCAGGUUCCGCUGCUAUCGUGACCGCGACUACGACGACUGGCGCUGAUGGCUCCCCUACAACCGUUGCGCCAACUGUCAGCCCCACCAUCGACAACCAGAACAGCGGCGCAAUGCUAGCUCCUGCCGCGUUUGCUGGUUUCGCAGGCAUCGUCUUCGCUGCUAUGAUCGCUGUCUGGCUACAUUACAUGCGACGAUACGAACAAACCACGACGACACAAACAACCGCAACCAACCAUUCUACUUUGAGUGUUUGCGUACCUCAAUGGUCGCAAUUACUCACCAACAAAACCAACCCGCCUCCACCACAAGACUUUUCUCCUCGGCCCCUCCACAGGUGCUGA